AUAAUAUUCUUAGCAAAUAUAAAAAACAUGAUCUUGAUGAAAAAGAAAAAGUAUACCCCAAAAAAUCUAAAAUAGAUGAUGAGAAUCUAUUUGAUAGAAAAGAGGAAGAUUUAUCUAAAAAUAAUGAAAAGAAAAAUAAAUCAGAAGAUAAUCAAUGA